CUGAUUUCUGCAGAGUUGUCUGCUAAACGUUACAGAUCAUAUAUUUUGUGUGAAAAAAGAAAAUAUUUGCAAAUGAACCUACUGCAUUGGUAGCAGACGUUUCAGGAUUUAAACACCCAUUUGCGUCUCUAUCCUCGUGAAUUGUACGGAGAUUUACAUCACCAAGUUGAGCGAUUUGGAACUUUUCAAUUGUUGAAGUGGGCAAAAACACCGACUUCAGCUUUGUCUUUUUCAAGCAUCAUGGUGGUAAUGACAACGUUCCCUCCUCCGACUGAGGGUUUGCAUCAUGUUCAAGAUAAAACGGAGGCUUUCAUCCACGAUAAGUCGUGUGGAGUGGGAACUUUGUAUAUUGCAGCAGAUCGAUUGUCAUGGAGUGAUCCAGAAUCUGGAAAGGGCUUCUCAUUGGAGUAUCCAUCAAUAUCCUUGCAUGCAAUAUGCAGGGAUACCUCACAGUUUCCUCAUGAGUGUAUUUACUGCAUGAUGGAUUCACCUUUAGAUGAUGGUGGAAAUGACAGUGACAGUGACGACAGCAAUGGCAAAGUUGGAGAAGUUAGAUUUGUUCCCGAAGACAAGUCAGCAUUGGAUGUCAUGUUCAAGGCUUUAUCUGAGUGUCAGGUUCUCCAUCCAGACCCUGACAAUGAAGAAGGGGAAGAGGAUGAAGACUUCUUUUGUGAUGCAGAGGAAGGAGAGCUCUCAGAGGAAGGACAGGCAACACUUGAAAGGCUGGAAGGCAUUAUACAGAUGCCGAGUCAGGAGGAGUUUGUCCAAAUGACGUCUACCCAAAAUGGGCACUACCUUAAUGGUCACAGUAAUGUGCCAGCUGAUGAUGAAAUGCAACCCAAUACAGGAAAUGAUGAGCAGUUUGAAGAUGCAGAGAAAUAACAACAUGCUUAUGACAAAAAAACAUUGUUCCAUGCAAGAAAGACCCCAUUUUCACAGCUGUAGCUCUUAUCAGGGAAAGAAGAGAAAUGUUUUUUUCCAGGCCCAGCUGUGCUUUUUUUUUUUCAGGCAGAGAGGAACUUAACAAAAUGCUGUGUACUUAAUAAGGACUGCUGCAUUAUAUAGAAGUUCAUUGGAGGUCUAACAACAUGAUAUUGUUAUAUAUUUAAGAGGAAAAAAACAAUGACAUGUAAAAUAUUCUCAACAUAUAAUCAGAGAGAGAAGAGUCCUAUAUCAUGGCAUUAAUAAUUUCCAGGGAAACUCAUUGCGUGUAAAACUGUAAAUUUUGUUACACUUUUUUUACUCUUUAACUCCCAGAGGUGAUUAACAUGAAAUUUCUCUCUAUAAUAUUCAUACAUUGUCUAGCAAACAGGUGUGGAGAAUACCCAAACUUAUCAGGUAGAAGUUUUACUCUUGAUGUAGCAGUGAAUUCUCAUAACUGAUAUAUAAGAAAAUGUGUUGCAACAAGAGGGCAGAUUUUGGGAGUUGAUGAGUUAAUCACUUCUUGCACAAUAUUAUUCACAUUUUGAUUUGUAUACCCUGUCUUGUUGCAACUCAUCAUUGGUUUUGCUGAAAGAAUACUGAUGAUCAAAUGAUCAGAGAGUCUGUGCAUCUUCAGUGUAAGGCUUUCUGAAGCCAAGUUUGCUACUAGAUGGAAAAACAGUGUGUUAAGCAGAAACAUUUCUUCACCCUGUGCAAAGUCCUCCUUCUAUUAAGAUCCUUUGCAUGAUGUUGUUUGUCUUGUUAAAAGGAAAUAAUAAUUUCUUUUGGAAAUGAA